CUCUCUUCACAGCGGAAGUCGUUUCUCUUCGGUCAAACCAACAUGGUGUCUCCCUGUUGUAGGCAAUGUGAAUGCAAACAAGCGACUCACCUCUGAAACGUUUAAUACCGUCGUUUGAGCUUCAACACAGCGGCAGCAGGUAUAAAGGCUCCAUGGCUCUCAGGGUGUGCGCGCGGUUCUUAAGGGACUCCGCCGUCCUCUCCAGAAGGGCCGUCGUGUCGGCUCGGCAGGAAAGUGCGUCAUGGUUACUCACGGCAGGAAAUGCUGCCUGCAGCAGAGGAGGAAGGAACGGAUUUAUCUUCACUCCUGCUUGUUUUAUUACAUCGGAGGCAUUUCUCGACAGACUGAUCAAAGGCAAAGCAGAAGAGGCAGACGGCAGUUUUUAUCGCCACCCGGCUUCAGUUCCGAUGGACAGCGAUGAACAGGUAUCUUUGUUACUCAGACAUCCCGAUCAGCCUGACAAUGCAAAGGUGUUGAAAGUUGCCAUAAUAGGUUCCCCAAAUGCUGGGAAGUCCACAUUGUCCAAUCAGCUCCUUGGCAGAAAGGUGUUUGCUGUGUCCAAGAAAGUACACACCACACGGACUCGUGCCUUGGGUGUCUUAACAGAAGAUGACACACAGAUAGUUAUACUGGACACUCCUGGUCUCACUACUGCAUCAAAGGUCAAAAGACACCAGCUGGAGAAGUCUCUGCUCUUGGAUCCCUGGAACACGGUCAAAGAAGCCGACCUAAUGGUAGUCAUGGUGGACGCGGCAGACAAGUGGACGUGCAACAGGUUUGACCACGAGGUGCUCAAAUGUCUGGCUCAGCACCCUGACAUCCCUGCAGUCCUGGUCCUCAAUAAGGUGGACCUGGUUAAGGCCAAGGACAGACUGCUGAAUAUCACAGCGGAUUUGACAUGCGGAGUGGUAAAUGGACAAAAAACACAGGUCAGGCCCAUGAUCAGGGCUUCUCAGGCUGAAAAGAGGCCAGAGAGGGAUUCGGAGAUGUCGCUUGAUGAGGACAAAAUAGUGCCUGAGGACAGCGCUGAGACAAACUCUGUACUGAGCAAAGAGAAACUGAAGGCACCGAGGAGCCAACAGGGCUGGCCUCACUUCAAGGACGUCUUCAUGCUGUCCUCUUUGGACAGCGAUUACAUCGAUGCGCUGAAGAACUACUUAAUGGUUGCGGCCAAGCCAGGAUCGUGGCAGUACCACAGUGAGGUCCUGACUGACCAGAGUCCAGAGGAAGUCUGCACCAACUUCAUCAGAGAGAAGCUUCUGGAGUGUCUGCCUCAGGAAGUGCCCUAUUCAGUGACACAGUCUGUUGAACUCUGGCAAGAGGCAGAAAAUGGGGAGCUCCAUAUUUCUGUGAAAAUUUAUGCCAAGAAAGAAUCUCAUGUGAGCAUGGUGAUCGGCCCUGCUGGCCAGCUGGUAGCGCAGAUCGCCCAUGAGGUGGGUGAGGACCUGACCCGGGUCUUCCUGAAGGUUGUAAGGCUGAAGCUCUCAGUCAAACUAAGGAGGUGAAGAGGACUCGAACGGUCCUGCUGGAUCCAAGAUGACUCUUUUAUUUUUCUCCGUGAAGGACAGACCUGCUGAGCCGAACACAGGAUUAGAUCUCAACAUGAGGCAGAUUUGGAGUUGCGAUAUGGCAUGUCAGAAGAAAAUUAUUUUUGUCUUUUUCAUCCUUUGUUUCCAUGCAUCAGCUUCAUGAAGUCUGAUAAGACAUUAUAAAAUAUUUGUACAUAUAAAAACCCAAAAAAUGUUGCUACUCUUGGGUCCCCCAACUUUAAGAAAUUGAAUUUAACUAAACAAGUUAAAUGUACAAAACAUGUAUAUUAAAAGCAGCUCACACCAGCUGAA